UAAUGUAAUGUAAUAAAGCAAAGCUCCACUCUGUAGUUUUCGUGCUUUGCUUACAAAAAUCGGAAAAUAUAUUAUGUACUAUUUUAAAUCAUGAUAUAGUGAUUUCAUUUAGAGAUUGAAAAAUGCUUACUUUGUUAAAAGCAGCUUCUUCUUGUGUGAAGAAUGUUGCAGCAGCAAUCAACCCUUUGAAUCACCAGAAAUAUCUCUUUACGAAUUUUUCACAAUGUGUGAAUAAAUACAAUAUCCCAUUGAAGCCAAGAAGUCUUUUUUCUAAUUUAGAUUCAAAGUCACUUUUGCCAGUUGCUGUCAAUAACUUCAAUAGCUCUAGAACCGUGACAAAAUUUUCUUUGAAAACUGGGAAAAGGAAGUCUGUUCAAGCAGUCCUGACAAGGUUUUACAGAUUAAAUUCGGGUCUUUGGAUUCGUCGUAGAGCUGGAUGUCAUAAACGUCUUUGGCGCAAAAGCGACUAUCAAAAAUAUCAUGGAAAGGAGCAUGUUUUUUGUACAAGAGCUCAGUGUAUAAUGUUUGACAAAAUGAUAACCAAUUAUCAUAAGAAAAGAAAAUAUUACAUUGAUGAUCCAUUUGAGCCUUAUCAAGUUAGGCAUAAUUAUGAUUAUGUUGUUCCCAAAUCAAAACAUAAUAAGUAUAAAUUGCCGAUUAUUGAUUAGAUAUUCUGUUUUUAAUCUAAAUUACCCCAACUUACUACUUUAGUAUUGUUAUACCCACACUACAAAUAAAAAAAA